AUUGUCACGACCUAACUUCUCCACUCCACCAACUCCACCCAUUAACACAUCUAUUAAACCCACCUUCUCCACUAUAUCACCUGCAAUCAAAAGAAACAAAAAAAAAAAAAUCAGAGAGAAGAGAAGAGAAGAGUAGAGAAGAGAAGGGAAGAGAAAAGAAGAGAGGGGGAGGUGAGAAGAAGGAUUUGGAGAGGUUGAGCUCGUCACCGGAGUUUGUUAGAGCCUCUGCACCCCGUGACCGUGUUGAGCUCGCCACCACCGUUAACCGCAGACCAUCAUCGUGUUCCUCUCGUCGAGAAGAAGCCAUAGACACCAACCGCGUCACGAUUGGAGCCCGGACGAGCCCUCACGCGCCUCCAGAAGAUCGCCCUGCACGCGCGCGUGAAACACACGCGCCGCCGCCGCCGCCACCGCAGCUCCGCCGUCGCCGCCGGUCAACUUUCCGAUUUGGAGUCCAUUUGAGCAGCUGGAGUUCAUAGAUACCACUUCUUAUUGUUGCUAAGGUGAGACCGAUGAGCAGGAGUGAUUAUCGGACCGGUGCUAUUGGGCUUUUGGGCUUCUAUCGCUUUUACCGGUUUUAUCUUUAUCGGGCCUUUAGGCCUUUGGACUAUUAUCGUCUAUGUUAUUCCUAUUUCAGACUUUCGGUUUAUAUCGUAUUUUAUAUUUCGGAUGUUAUCAAUGUUGGGCUUUUAGGCCUUUUGUUACCGUAUUGACUUUUAUAUUAUAUGAAGAUUAUUAUUAUUUGAGUUGUAUUAUUAUUUUAUUUCCGCUUUUAUCAAUUUAUUAUAUUUUGAAAGUGGCGGGUGUCACAAUUUGGUAUCAGAGCGGGUUCCGUCUCGGCUCCGACCCGGGAUGGCGAUUUUUGGAGACCUGGUUUUAUUCGGUUUUGACGGUUUUAAACGAUUUCAAAAUAUUUUCGGGGAUUUGGAAAUUUUAAAAAUAAAAAUAAAUAGCACCAUUCCGUUCGAUAUCACUUCUCCUUAAAUGUUGGUAUCCAAAGUUCAGCGUAAAUUAACUUUUCGCUUUCCUUUUAGAUGCCGCCAAGGAGAAGAACCACCCGUGCCCAGACCGCCAGAGCCAUUAGAGACAAUGUAGAUGAGCAUGAGCAGCCCGCAGUUCCACCACCCGCGGCUCAACCAGUUGAUCAGGAUGCAUUGAGACAGAUGGUUCAGGAUGCCGCUAGACAGGCCGCUCAGGAAGCACUUCAGCAGAUUGCCCAGGAGGCAGCCAGACAUGCCGCUCAGGAGGCCGCCCGAGUAGCUGCUCAGGAGGUUGCUCGUCAGAUGGCUGCCGUUCAGCAGGGACCGCAGAUUCAGGUUCAGCAAGUUCCACUGGUUCAGGUCCAACAGGAUCAGCAGAUUCCAGCUCAGCAUGAUCAUCAGGAUCCCGUUCAGCAGGUUCCCCUUCCACAGGUUCCUCUACAGCAGGGUCCAGUUCAGCAGUUUGCUCAUGGUGUUCAGGAUCUACCGCCACCACCACCGCGACCUUAUGUUUACCCGGUUUAUAAUGAGAGGUUCUACAGGCUGACAUGUCAGAUGAGAAACAUGGAGAUGGAGCAUUUUAGCGGGACAGUGGAUGCUGUAGCUGCACACGAUUGGAAGUUAGCCUUGCAGCGGAAGCUGGAGAUUAUUGAGUGUCCACCAGAGUUGUCGCUCAGAUUGACUAUGCAGUACCUUCGUGGAGAUGCUCUUAUAUGGUGGGAGGGAAUACGAUUGAGCCAUUUUGGGCCAGAGAGACUUACCUUCGCUGAUUUCAUUCGAGAGUUCGAUAGGAAAUACUUUCCGAAGGAAGCGAUGGAUAAGAAGAAGUGCGAGUUCGAGCAUGUAAGCCAGGGAGUGAUGUCUAUCAGGGAGUAUGAGGUUGUGUUCAACCAACUUCGCAGAUUUGCAGGAGUGGGCAUUUCAGAAGAAGACUUGAUUAGAAAGUUUUUGAGUGGGAUGCGUGUGGAGAUUCGUAACAGGUGUCGCGUAGUCACUUACCACCGGUUGGGAGAUUUGGUGGAGAAAGCUGCAGAGCAGGAGGCAGGCUUGGCGGAGGAGCAGGAACUCGCCAAAGCAGUUCAUGUUAAGUCUGGAAAAGCUCCAGAGUCUCAAAGGAGAGCAGGGGACACGUCGGGAUUACCGAUAUGUCCUCGUUGCCAUCGCAGUCACAGUGGGCAGUGUAUGAGGUGUCUUACUUGCGGUAGGAUUGGACACAUUGCGAAGUUUUGUCGGGCUAAGCCAUUGGAUAUGCCACCAGUCAGACAGAUUGCAGCACCAGCAGCACCAGCAGCGGCACAUGUUUGCUUUGGCUGUGGUCAGCCAGGUCACUUCAUCAGAGAUUGCCUGAGGAAAGGCAAUGCGGCACUUCCACCACCACCGAAGCGUCUAGCCAUCGCUCCACGUGUGUUUGCGGUUGGAGAUCCUCAGGGAGCUGAGCCGAUAGCAGGUAUGAGUCUUUUCCAUACUUGUUUGUGUUUGGGUAUUUUGGCUCGUGGUUGUCAUGUGUAGUUAGUAAAAAUCUCGUGUAGGAUCGGUUUUAGUUGGAG